UCCGGAGCCCAUCGAACAAGCAUCGCAGCCCCGGCACCUCGACUCACGAGAUCCGACCCAGCUUUGAUGGCCACUGGAGGCUCUACCCACAGUCCGCCUCACCGGGUCCUGGUCCAGGUGUCCAAGUCCUGUUCUGGAUUGGAGAGGAAACUGCAAAAGUAUUUCCAGAGCCCGAGGAAGUCCGGGGGAGGCGAGUGCACGGUCAAAGCCGGCCCAACCGAAGGCACUUUCUGGGUAGAGUUUUUGGAAAGAGAAGUGAGGCAACGAGUCCUGGAGAGAGAGAACCAUGAGUUAGAAUUGCCAGGAGAAGAAAAGUUGAAGCUCACUGUCAGAUUGCCUACAGCAAAGGUUGCAGAUUUAUUUGACACUAUUUCUGGCCCUGAAUUGAGAGUAUAUGAAAGGAAGAUUGGAUCCGUUACCUUGCAGGUUGCUUUGGGGGACAUCACUGAGGAAGAGUCUGAUGUUAUUGUAAACUCAACAGACAAGACGUUUGUCCUCAAAAAAGGGGUUUCCAAAGCCAUUUUAGAAGCUGCUGGACCAGAUGUGGAAUCAGAGUGUGCUACAUCAGCUGCAAAUCGUCUCAGAAAUUUUAUAGUGACACAAGGUGGCAAUCUAAGGUGCAAGAAAAUAAUACAUGUUAUGGGGGGAAGUGAUGUCAAACAAACCAUCUCUGAAGUCCUACAGGAAUGUGAACAAAUGAAAUAUGCAUCUAUUUCCCUCCCAGCCAUUGGAACAGGACAGGCCAAACUAGACCCUACUUAUGUUGCUGAAUCUAUAAUCGAUGCCGUUGAAGAUUUUGCACAGGGAGAGUCUGUCCAAUCAGUGAAAAAAGUGAAAGUGGUCAUCUUCCUGCCACAGCUACUGGAAGUGUUUCAUAAUGCUAUGAGAAAAAGAGUGAGAUCUAAACCACCACCCUCAACCUCUCUGUUCUCUAACAUAAAAUCAUUUUUCAGUCUUACAAGCCAACCUCCCAAAAAACAAGAUAAUUUGCUUCUGGAAAAAAUUAAAAAAUCGGCAACUUGUGGUGAAAGCAAGGAGAGUGUUGAAAGUGCUAUCUCUGGGAUACAAGAUUUGAUUUUAAAGGAACACAGAAGCUAUACUUUCUCUGAUGAGUCUAUCCAAAACUUUGGUGAAAAAGAAUACAAUGAAUUGAAUGAGCUGCAGAAAAGGUUAAAUGUCAUCAUUGAUAUGAAAUGUGGAGGGUCUCAAAUUGAGGUCAGUGGAACUACCCAAGAUGUGUUCGAGGUUUCCCAGGCAAUUCGAGACAUGAUCAAGAGAACACACUUCCAUACAGAUGAGGAGUCUAAGGCUGAGGAGCUCAGCAGAACCACCACAUGGCAUCAUAGUGUCAGAGGUUUUCUCGAGCCUUUUGACAAAAUAACUAAUCUACAUUUGGAGAAUGCAAUGAAAGGAAAGAAAAAUAACGUUGUUGUUAAAAUUAAGAAUGAAAACUACACAGUAGACUUUAACACUAACCUUGCUACAAAUGGAAAGGGACACAGCUUGCGUGUUUGUCGUAUCAAAAAACCUGAAGUUGAGAUCCCUGAUCACUGGGAUGACAUGAAAAACCAGAAUCUUCUUUUGGUGGAUUUACCUCCAGGACAUAAAGAAUAUGAGCAAGUAAAAGACAAGUUUUGUCAGACUUGUGCUAACUACACAAUAGAGAAGAUUCAGAGGAUACAGAACAAAAGCCUUUGGAAUUUGUAUCAGACAAAGAAAAUUUUCAUGGACGCCCAAAACAACCACGAAAAUAAUGAAAGACGUCUCUUUCAUGGGGUAGAUGCCGACUCACUGUCCCAUGUCAAUAGCCAAGGCUUUACUCGCAGUUAUAUGUGGAAAAAUGAUAUAGUAUGGGGAACAGGAAAUUAUUUUGCUGUCGAUGCCCUAGGUUCAGCUAAUGAUGUCUACGCCCAGCCAGAUAUCAAUGGGAAGAAGUAUUUGUAUUAUGUACGAGUACUUACUGGUGAUUACAUUCUUGGAAAUCCAUCAUUCAUUGUCCCUCCACCAAAAAGAAAUCAUGAUAUUUAUGUUCUAUAUGACAGUGUGACUGAUCAUAUGACAAAUCCAAGCGUAUUUGUCGUAUUUUAUGUUAAUCAGGCUUAUCCAGAGUACCUCAUUACUUUCAGGAAAUAAUAUUUUGGUUUCAUAUUCAAGAGAUAUUAUGUAGACACUUAUUUGUAGCAUGUUUUAGCAUUCAGUACAUUUUUUAGCUCAUCACAUUCAUUCUUGUUGCUGAAAUUAGUACUUUUGGCUUUAUCACCAGUGUGAUUUUUAAUUUAGGCUUCUUGUGGUCAUUCCCCAAUUGAUA